AUGAGACAAGGGCCUGGAGAAAAUGGUCAACCAGUUAGAUUGUCAAAUUCACAAAAAGCUCUGUCAAAAAGAACUCUUAACUUCAAUGGUUUUAAUAUAUUUGUAAGCGAAAAAAUCAAAACAGAUAGAUCAGUAAAAGAUAUCCGAUAUCCGAAUUGCAAGGGGGCUUUAUACUCCAAACAACUUCCUCUGGUGUCUAUAAUUAUACCUGUAUACGAAGAACAUUGGGAAACACUUAUUCGCACUAUUGUAUCUGUUUUAAAUCGGUCACCAUUGGAGCUUAUAAAAGAAGUCAUUUUGGUUGAUGAUGGCAGCUCACGACGGCAUUUAAAAGAGCGACUUGAUAAUUAUCUCUCAAGAACCUAUCCUGGUGGUCUUGUUUGGGUGAUUCACUUGAAGGAAAGAGAAGGACUUAUUCGAGCAAAAUUGUUAGGUGCUAAGUUGGCAACCGGUGAUGUGCUUAUAUUUUUGGACUCUCACUGUGAAACUAAUGUGAAUUGGCUGCCACCUCUUCUUGAUCCAAUUUCUAAGAAUUACCGGACAGUAACAUGCCCUUUUAUUGAUGUGAUUGAUGCUGACACCUUCGAAUACCGUGCUCAAGAUGACGGCGCCCGUGGGGCGUUUGACUGGAGUUUUUACUAUAAGCGUCUUCCAAGGUUAUCAGUUGACAGUCUUCAUCCGGAAACACCUUUUGACAGUCCAGUGAUGGCAGGUGGCCUGUUUGCUAUUAGUAAAAAGUGGUUUUGGGAACUGGGAGGUUAUGAUCCUAUGCUUGAUAUCUGGGGUGGGGAACAGUACGAAUUGUCUUUCAAAAUUUGGAUGUGUGGUGGGCGUCUAAUUGACGUUCCCUGUUCAAGGGUUGGACAUAUUUUUCGCGAAUAUCCGACAAAUUUUCCGCAACCAAAAGUAAAGAAUUUUCUGGGAAGAAAUUUCAAGUAA